AUGAAGGCAGCAAAAGCAACUUCUUCGUUGCUCUUCCAGGGCUUUCGCCAAAAUUGUUCUCGCUUAACCAGAUUCCCUUUGGCUACAGGAUGUUUUAACAAAUUUACAAUUCCCUCGCGUUCCUACGCGGACGACAAGGUGUUCAUCCGUAAGAAGCCCCAUGUUAAUAUUGGUACCAUUGGUCACGUCGAUCAUGGAAAGACAACAUUGACCGCAGCUAUCACCAAGGGUUUGGCUCAACUUGGCCAAGCUAGCUUUAUGGAUUACAGUCAAAUUGAUAAGGCCCCCGAAGAAAAAGCUCGUGGUAUUACCAUUUCUUCCGCACACGUAGAAUAUGAAACUGCCAACAGACAUUAUGCCCAUGUCGAUUGUCCUGGUCACGCUGAUUAUAUCAAGAACAUGAUUACCGGUGCUGCUACCAUGGAUGGUGCUAUUAUUGUCGUUUCUGCCACUGAUGGUCAAAUGCCUCAAACUCGUGAGCACAUGCUUCUUGCUCGUCAAGUUGGUGUCAAGGACAUUGUUGUCUACAUCAACAAGGCUGACAUGGUCGAACCUGAUAUGAUUGAACUUGUCGAAAUGGAAAUGCGUGAACUUUUGUCUGAAUACGGCUAUGAUGGUGAUAACACUCCCAUCAUCAGUGGUAGUGCUCUUUGUGCAUUGGAAGGCCGCAAUCCCGAAAUUGGUCUUCAAAGCAUUACCAAACUCAUGGAUGCUGUUGACAGCUAUGUUUCUACUCCUGAAAGAAACGUGGACAUGCCUUUCCUCAUGGCCAUUGAAGACGUCUUUUCAAUUUCCGGCCGUGGUACCGUCGUCACCGGUCGUGCUGAACGUGGUACUUUGAAGAAGGGUGCUGAAAUCGAACUUGUUGGUUACGGUAGCCACAUGAAGACUAUCGUCACUGGUAUUGAAAUGUUUAAGAAACAACUUGACGCUGCCGUUGCCGGUGACAACUGUGGACUUCUUCUCCGUUCCGUUAAGCGUGAUGAAUUGAAGCGUGGUAUGAUCGUUGCUGUUCCCGGUACUGUUGCUCCCCACCGUAAAUUCCAAGCCUCUUUCUAUAUUUUGACUAAGGAAGAAGGUGGCCGUCGAACCGGUUUCGUCGACAACUACCGUCCUCAACUUUUCACUCGCACUUCAGACGUUACUGUUGAACUUACACAUCCUGAUCCCAACGAUUCCGACAAGAUGAUUAUGCCCGGUGAUAACAUUGAAUUGGUUUGUAACCUUGUUCACCCUAUCGUAAUUGAGAAGGGUCAACGCUUUACUGUUCGUGAAGGCAAAAACACCGUCGGUACUGCCCUUAUCACUGAAAUUUUAGACUGA